CCGACCCACCCCGCCUUCGCUCCCGCGCUAGAGAGAAACAUGUAUCGUUUCCGCUCGCAGCUCUUCACGGGGAUUUCUGCUGCCGCCGCCGCCACCUCUCACCCGCGCCGCUCCUCGCCUCUCUUGUUAGCCCGAGACUCGCCUCUCAGCCGCCCGCCGCACAGACGCACGAGUAGACAGUGCAGCUCUAUCGGCUGAUCCUCGCUGAGCUCCAAGUGUAGACGGCAUUGGGCGGCCCACGAUGCCGAAGAACAAGAAGCGGAACGCUCCCCGCCGCUGUGGCGGGGGUGGCGGCGGCUCCGGGGCAGCGACGUCGGCGGCCACGGCAGGUGGCCCACAUCGGACUGUUCAACCUUUCAGUGAUGAAGACGCAUCCAUUGAAACAAUGAGCCACUGCAGUGGCUAUAGCGAUCCUUCCAGUUUUGCUGAGGAUGGACCAGAAGUCCUUGAUGAGGAAGGAACUCAAGAAGACUUAGAGUACAAGCUGAAGGGAUUAAUUGACUUAACCCUUGAUAAGAGUGCGAAGACAAGACAGGCAGCUCUUGAAGGUGUUAAAAAUGCACUGUCUUCAAAAGUGCUGUAUGAGUUUGUUCUUGAAAGAAGAAUGACUUUAACUGAUAGCAUUGAACGCUGUCUGAAAAAAGGAAAGAGUGAUGAGCAGCGUGCAGCUGCAGCAUUAGCAUCGGUUCUUUGUAUUCAGUUGGGCCCUGGAUUUGAAAGUGAAGAGAUUUUAAAGACUCUUGGACCAAUCCUAAAAAAAAUAAUUUGUGAUGCAACAGCUAGUAUCCAGGCUAGGCAAACUUGUGCAACUUGCUUUGGUGUUUGCUGUUUUAUUGCCACAGAUGACAUCACUGAAUUGUAUUCAACUCUGGAAUGCUUGGAAAAUAUCUUCACCAAGUCCUAUCUUAAAGAGAAGGACACUAAUGUUAUUUGCAGCACCCCUAAUACAAUGCUUCACAUCAGCUCUCUUCUUGCAUGGACUUUAUUACUGACCAUAUGCCCAAUCAGUGAAGUGAAGAAAAAGCUGGAGCUGCAUUUCCAUAAACUGCCAAGCCUCCUUUCUUGUGAUGAUGUAAACAUGAGAAUUGCUGCUGGCGAAUCUUUGGCACUUCUGUUUGAAUUGGCCAGAGGAAUGGAGAGUGACUUUUUUUAUGAAGACAUGGAUUCUUUGACCCAGAUGCUUCGGGCUCUGGCUACAGAUGGAAAUAAGCACCGAGCCAAAGUGGACAAGAGAAAGCAGCGAUCUGUCUUCAGAGAUGUGCUAAGGGCCGUGGAGGAACGGGAUUUUCCAACAGAAACUGUUAAGUUUGGUCCUGAACGCAUGUAUAUUGAUAGCUGGGUCAAAAAACACACGUAUGACACCUUUAAGGAGGUUCUUGGAUCAGGGAUGCAGUACCACUUGCAGACAAAUGAAUUCCUGCGCAAUGUAUUUGAGCUUGGACCCCCUGUGAUGCUUGAUGCUGCAACACUUAAGACCAUGAAGAUUUCUCGUUUUGAAAGGCAUUUAUAUAACUCUGCAGCUUUCAAAGCUCGAACAAAAGCUCGAAGUAAAUGCCGAGAUAAAAGAGCAGAUGUUGGAGAAUUCUUCUAGAUGUCUGCAUUUGAUGGCUGUUUUCUAAUUUCUUUUGUAUUAUUUUUGCUACUUCUAAUGUACAUAAGCUUUUAGAGACAGUUUUUAUCUUGGGGUCAACUUAGAUGAUUUUUUGGUGUAGGGGUGAGUUAUAUUUUAAUUUAAUGUAUAGUGUUACAAAUUAAUGAGUUCUCUUUAUUAAAUAUUCCCUGUAAAAAUAACUGAUAACCACAAAUAAAGUGUUUGUGAUGUUUGGUCAUAUUCUGUGUAGUGAGAUGAUGGUAUUUUACAAUAAGA